GAGAGAAUUACAACUAUAUAAUACAAUAUAGUACUAGUAGUAGUAUGAUAGCAGAGAGCUUUUAAUUCUUUCAGACUCGGAGAAAAAGACUCGCACUUACCACUCAUCCCCAUUACCACCCACGCAUCUCCAUCUUUAAUGCUGAUAUAGAUACACAAACUAGGGUUCGGUUGCCUUCUCCAUUUCUAGACCUCUCUCUCCGCCCAUUUGCCAUUCCAGCCGAUUCUCUCUCCGACCCCUCUCUCGAUUCCGGUGCUGCUGUCAGAUUCGGGCAGCAUUCCCGGCUAAGCAAAGGCGCGCAAAACAGCUAAGAGUAGUACCUCAAACAUUAUCUCCCUCUGUUUAUAUAUGUCGUUGCUCUGUUUAUCCUCUGAAUAUUACUGAUUUCUCUUUCAUUUCACACCUCUCUUUUUGUUAUAGGUUCUUAAUUUGAGCUAUUACAGUUCUUCUUGUAACUCGGCACAAAAUGUCAUUUCUGGUUCUCGCGUCUUUCGUAUUCAAUGUUUUCAAGUUCCAAUUUUGAAUACUGUCUGGUGUUACUCAGACCCUUUUAGCUUUGGUUGCCAUCUAUAUGUUUAUGGGAUACCCAUUCCUAUGUGGUCGCUUAGUUUUGUAAGUUUCAAAAAGCUUCUUUGAUACCCUUUCAUGGCGGUUUAACAUUGUUGUUUUUCACCGCCAGAGCGAGAUUCAAUUGGAUAAAAUGAUACUUAACCUGUUAACUAUUCUUUUCUUAGUUCCAAUUCUUGUAGAGUCUUCAGACCCGGCUUUCAACGAUGACGUUUUGGGUUUGAUUGUCUUCAAAGCUGGCCUUAAAGACCCAGAAGCAAAACUCGUAUCCUGGAAUGAGGACGAUGACAAUCCCUGCAACUGGGUCGGCAUCAAAUGUGAUCCCAGGACUAAUAGGGUCUCCCACCUCAUUCUCCAUCGCUUCAAUCUUUCCGGUCAUAUUGGCCGAAGCCUCCUCCGAUUAGAGUUCCUUCGGAUACUCUCUCUUUCCAACAACAACUUCACUGGCAAUAUUAACCCCAUUCUUGCCCAAAUGGAGAGCUUGAGAGUUGUUGACUUGAGCAACAACAAUUUAUCUGGCUCAAUCCCUGAUGAACUUUUUCGACAAUGCAGGUUGUUACGGGAAAUUUCACUUGCCAAUAACUACCUCACUGGCCAAAUCCCAGAUUCCUUGAGCAUGUGCUCAACACUUGAGAGAGUCAACUUCUCCUCUAAUUGGCUCUCCGGCCAAUUACCCUCUGGAAUUUGGUCUUUGAGUGGGCUUCGAUUGCUUGAUUUCUCGGAUAAUUUGCUGGAGGGUAACAUCUCAGAAGGAAUUUCAGGUUUAUAUGAUCUAAGGGUGGUUAAUUUCCAGAAGAACAACUUCAGUGGGCAGCUACCAGAGGACAUUGGUGAUUGUUUACUAUUGAAAUCGCUUGACUUGAGCCAUAAUUCCCUUUCUGGGGUCCUUCCAAGGUCAAUGCAAAAACUUAGUUUGUGCACUUCUUUAAGUUUAGGAGGGAAUUUGUUCACAGGUGUUGUUCCGGAUUGGAUUGGAGAUAUGAGAAGCCUCAGGGUUUUGGAUCUCUCUGGAAACGAAUUUUAUGGCCGAAUUCCAAACUCAAUAGGAGAUCUUCUAUUAUUGAAGGAGUUAAAGUUAUCUACUAACAGGUUUACCGGAAACUUGCCUGAAUCGUUGAUAGGUUGCAUUAAUCUCUUGGCUGUGGAUGUUAGCAAAAAUUUGUUGACAGGAAAUCUUCCUUCAUGGAUUUUGAAGAUGGGUUGGCAGAAUGUUUCUCUUUCUGGGAACAAGUUUAGUGGAAUCAUAGAAUUUCCUUCUCUGACAUCAAUGGCAGCCUCUUACCAAAGCCUACAGGUCUUGGACUUAUCCUCUAAUGCAUUAUCUGGUGAAAUUCCUUCCGUCAUUGGGAAUUUCAGUAGCUUGCAGUUCUUGAAUAUGUCCUGGAACUCUUUAGUUGGAUCUAUCCCCCCAAGUGUAGGUGAAUUAAAAACCACACAUGUUCUUGAUUUGAGUCACAAUUGGAUAAAUGGAACCAUUCCUUCUGAAAUUGGAGGAGCAGUUUCGUUGCAGGAACUAAGGCUGGAGAAGAACUUCCUAACUGGGAAAAUUCCAACUCAAAUCGAGAAGUGCUCAUCUUUAACCUCCCUGAUCCUGUCUCAGAACAACAUCACAGGUCCAGUUCCUGCAGCCGUUGCAAACUUAACUGACCUCAAGAUAGUGGAUUUAUCUUUUAACCAACUUUCUGGAAACUUGCCCAAGGAGCUGACCAAUCUGUCCCGCCUCCUCUCCUUUAAUAUCUCCCACAACCACCUCCAAGGUGAACUACCUGUUGGUGGCUUCUUCAACACCAUCCCUCCCUCAUCUGUCUCUGGUAAUCCAUCUUUAUGCGGCUCUGUUGUCAACCUCUCUUGCCCUGCUGUCCAUCCCAAACCCAUUGUCCUUAACCCUAAUUCUUCAUCCAACUCCGGUGGUAGUUCUUUCUCUUCUAGUCUCCAUCACAAGAAAAUCAUACUUAGUAUUUCUGCCCUCAUUGCUAUCGGUGCAGCUGUUUUCAUUGCCAUCGGUGUAUUAAUUGUCACUCUCCUCAAUCUGCACGUCCGCUCUUCUAUGUCACGUUCUGCUGCCGCCCUCACAUUUUCGGGCAAGGAUGAUUUCAGCCAUUCCCCUACAAAUGAAUCCAGCUGUGGCAAGCUUGUCAUGUUCUCUGGUGACGCUGACUUUGUUGCCGGGGAUCAUGCACUGCUCAAUAAAGAUUGUGAACUUGGACGUGGUGGGUUUGGAGCUGUUUACAGAACAGUUCUUCGAGAUGGGCGUUCGGUUGCCAUCAAGAAGCUAAGCAUCUCGAGUUUGAUCAAGUCCCAAGAAGAAUUUGAGAAGGAAGUUAAAAGACUUGGAAAGAUCAGGCACCGUAAUCUGGUGGCACUAGAAGGGUAUUACUGGACACCAUCCUUACAGCUUCUCAUUAAUGAAUACAUUUGCAGUGAGAGUCUAUAUAAGCAUCUUCAUGAGGGAACAUCUAAAAACUGCCUCUCUUGGCAACGGAGAUUCAACAUAAUUCUUGGAACAGCAAAAGGAUUGGCCCAUUUGCACCAGCUGGACAUAAUUCACUACAAUCUAAAAUCAGCUAAUGUUCUGAUGGAUGAUUCUGGUGAGGCCAAGGUGGGGGACUUUGGCCUGGCGAGGCUGUUGCCAAUGUUAGACCGUUGUAUUUUAAGCAGCAAGAUUCAGAGUGCACUUGGGUAUAUGGCUCCUGAAUUUGCAUGUAAAACAGUGAAGAUAACCGAGAAAUGUGAUGUUUAUGGAUUUGGGGUCCUGACCUUAGAGGUGGUGACAGGGAGAAAACCAGUGGAAUAUAUGGAGGAUGACGUGGUGGUACUGUGUGACAUGGUGAGGGGAGCAUUAGAAGAGGGCAAGGUGGAGGAAUGUGUUGACAGGAAGCUCCAUGGUAAUUUUCCAGCAGAGGAGACAAUACCAAUAGUAAAGCUUGGUUUGAUAUGUGCAUCCCAAGUGCCAUCAAACCGGCCAGACAUGGCAGAGGUGGUCAAAAUUUUAGAGCUGAUUCGGUGCCCUCCAGAAGUCCAAGAGGACGAGUUAGAGUGAACUCGACCUGUAGAGAUUGAAGACAAGCAAUACAUAAUGGUUUCCCGGUGAAUAUGAAUCCAGUUUCUGCUUAAAUACAAAAGAGAAUAUAUCAUUGAAGUUUUUUUUUUUUACUUUUUUUUUUUUUCCCGACCUUUCUUGUUUGUUGUUCGGAAUUUCUGUGUUGUAAUUUUUUGAAAUCUUUGUGGCAGUUAUAUUACUGGAUUCCUUUUCACCGGUUCUGAUCUGGGACCCUUGUGGAUAUUGUUAUACUGAUGUUUUUCUACA